AUGGGCAGACUUAUCAAGAACCACUGGGCUCGCCUCAUCAUCCUCACGGCUUCAGCUUACCAAGUUGCUGCCGCGAUCGAGGGCUUCUUCUGGCCCAAGAUCUUCUGGGACUUCCUCACACUAACACUGGACCGCGCGGUGAAACCAUUCCCAAUCCUCCAAAUCAUCAAUUUAGUAUUCGGGGUGGUUCUGUUCGCCAUGGAAUGGCCCCUACCCUUGCUCGCCGGGUCCUCCGUUCAUCGAAGCCUCGAGUUCCGCCUGGCCUUCCUCCCUCUCACCACCUUGGCCGCUGCCCUCAUUUACCAGGGCACCAACGCCGCCAUUUACUACUUUAUUGGCCUUUUGGUGUAUUUCUGGGCCUAUAGCGAAGGAGAGAUCAUCUGCGCGAAACCCUGGACUUUGCCCAACCGUGGUGGUCGUGGGCGGGCGUAA